AUGACGCUUGCUCUUCCUGAAUUACUAAAGAAUAUUUUAAAUUUCUUAGCUAAAAAUAACGUAUUAUAUCUAACUUUGCUGGUUUCUAGACUUUGGUCUAGGUGCACUGGUCUAAUUUUAUGGGGUCGUAUCAAAUUGAUUAGUGAGAAACAACAGAAAAAGUUUAUAAAAAUGAUACGUAUAAAUUCUAGACUGAUUUUUAGACAUAAUUUUGAGCGAAGUACGAGUUUUGAUGAUACGGCUUUAAUCAAGAUUUCUCAAAAAUGUGAUAAAUUACAGUUUUUAAAUAUUAGUUUUGGCGGAGAUAUUACCGGUAAAUCAUUUUGUGAAAUAGCACAGUCAUGCAAUGGGUUAAAACAUCUAAGAAUUAGUGGGUAUCGGAAUUAUAUCACUGAUAGCAUUAUACAUGAUAUUGCACGAUCCCAUCCUAACCUCCAAUCUAUAGAUAUUCGUUCUUCUAGUAGACUUACCAAUACUGCUAUUUAUACCCUUACAGAUUCAUGCCCAAAUCUGAAAAGUUUAAAACUCGAGUAUUGUGAUGAAAUAAAUGAUAUAGCCAUCAGAAAAAUUGCACAUUGUCGUUAUUUGAAACAUCUCGAACUCUAUAAUAUAAAGGCUCUUACUCUGCAUAUAUCUGAUUCGUCAAUUUCCAAAAUUGCAAAAAUGUGUCCUAAUAUCAUAUAUCUUGAUCUUGAAUACGCUAACUUUAUUUUCAAUAGAACUCUUAAAACUAUCACAGAGUAUUUAUAUAAUCUAGAAUAUCUUGGCCUGAAAGGUUGCCGUAGAAUUAGUCAAAAAAUAAUAGACAUGUUAUUUCCUGAUCUUGAAAUAGGCAAAUAUUACUCAUUACUACUUAGGCGGUAA